AGCCCCGUGACAGGGAUGACGCUACGCCGGCGAUUGGUCAGCUCUGUCGAGUCCCGCCCAUCCAUCCUCAAUACGGCUCGCCGAUUGGCUGCGGUGGCUGUCCGUCAGGCGGCGGGCGGGGCGCUCGGUGUGUGUAUCGGCGGCGCGGCCCGGCGGCGGCUCAUGGCGGUCAUGGGGCGGCGCGGCGGGGCUGGCCGGGCCCUGGGGCUCGCGGCGCUGGUGGCAGCGGCCUGUGUCGCCGGUGUAUGUGGUGGUGAAUUCAGUAUCUUACGAUCACCUCAGUCAGUUGUUUUCCGAGAUGGAAGUUGGCCGAUUCCGGGCGAGCGGAUCCCAGAUGUUGCUGCAUUGACCAUGGGCUUUUCUGUUGAAGAAGACCUGCCCUGGCCUGGCCUGGGUGUGGGUGAUCUGUUUCACCGGCCUCAAGCCACUGUGCUGGUGACAGUGAAGGGCGUGGACAAGCUGCCUGUGAAAGGGUUUUCUUACCCCAUUGAGAAUGCUGUUCCUUUCAGUCUGGACAGUGUUGCAAAUGCCAUCCAUGCUCUGUUUUCUGAGGAGACGCCCGUGGUGUUGCAGCUGGCCCCCAGUGAGGAAAGGGUGUACAUGGUGGGCAAGGCCAACGCUGUGUUUGAGGAUCUCUCUGUCACACUGCGCCAGCUCCGGAACCGCCUGUUCCAGGACAACUCCGUCCUCAGCUCCCUCCCUCUCAACUCCCUCAGCAGGAACAAUGAGGUUGACUUGCUUUUUCUGUCAGAACUUCAAGUCCUACGUGAUAUUACAAGCCUGCUGUCUCGACACAAGCACUUAGCCAAAGAUCACUCUCCAGACCUUUAUUCCCUGGAACUGUCUGGUUUGGAAGAGGUUGGAAAACGAUAUGGGGAAGACUCUCAGCAGUUCAAGGAUGCUUCUCAAAUUCUUGUAGACUCUUUGCAAAAGUUUGCAGAUGAGAUGUUUAAUCUGUAUGGUGGGAAUGCAGUAGUAGAAGUGGUGGCUGUGAAGGAGUUUAACUCUCCCCUCUCAAGGAAGACUCGCUCCAUUCUCCAGGCUUCACAGAGUGAAAAAGAAAAUCCAUAUAACCUUGCCUAUCCAUAUAACUACGACUACUCUGUAAUCUUCAACAUUGUUCUGUGGAUGAUGAUAGGUCUUGCUUUAGCUGUGAUAGUUAUCUCCUACAACCUCUGGAACAUGGAUCCUGGCUAUGACAGCAUUAUUUAUAGGAUGACAAAUCAGAAGAUAAGAAUGGAUUGAACUGCACCAUAUUUCAGCGCAGGAAGAUGAUGAAGAGCAAGGUCUCCUUGAGCCUAUGUGGAAAACAAAUAUUCUGACAUGGUUAAUUGUGGAAGUUUUUUAAAAGUGUAUUUAUAAGUAUUUUUUCCCCCUUUCAAGACUAUUUUAAAUGUUAGUAGUAGCACCAGAUGGGAUUUAGAAGUUGAAAUCUGCUUGUUUAAAAAAACCAAAACAGCACUCCCAGGAGUAAUUGUUAUCAAAGUGACAUCAUUCCAUUUUUUUAAUCCUGCAACAUGAGUUUUUGAAAUGCCCUGUACUGCCUGUGCAAACCAAAUAAACCGAAACGAUAGCAACAUGUUAUUUGAAACUUUGACACUGGAAAAUCAAAAAUUAUAGCUAAAUUGUUGUGUUGUAUAUUAUGUACCACCUGUAAAUGUUUGAUGUAAAUAUUUAUAAUGGUUAUGUGUAACUUCAGAGAGGAAAGUAAAUAUUCUUCAGUAAAAUACUAAGUAUAGAAAUAUUUCUAUCAGCCUAGGACUCAAGUAGCAUAAAUGGCAUUUUGCUCUCAUGUUGAUGGCUCAGAGGUGAGCUGUACACAGAAGGGUCACCCCAGAACUUUAAUGUUUGGGAGGUGAAUAACACUGCUGUGGCUGGUCUGUACAGUGCAGUCUGUAAAUCCUGAAGUAGCACCAGUCUGGUCAUGGGCUAAUGUCAUGUACAGUUGAAAGUUCCUGUUAUGAUGCUUCAUGUUCCUUCCAUUUGUGUUGAUGUUAUUAUUAUUAAAAAAAAAAAAAGUUCUUUUUGAUGAUAAGAGUGGACCAACAGUUGAUUUAAGUAUGCCUGGAUUACAGUCCUUCUUCAACCAUUCAAUAAAACAAAGAACAGUU